AUGGCAUCCCACUUCACCAAAUCAACCUUACACUCCAUGACGCGCACAGCCCUGAACACCACCAAAACCAGAGCAUUUCCCUGCCAAACCCAAUUGACACGCCAAUUCACAAACACGCCCAUCACCAAAUCCCCAGCCAAGAUGUCCACCUCCUCCCUGAUCUCUCUAGCUCAAAACAGACGCACAAUCUAUACAUUAGGCAAAACAGCCCCAAUCCAAGAUGCAGAGUCCAAGAUCGAAGAACUAGUCAACCAAGCUAUCCUCCACGUCCCCAGUUCCUUCAAUACCCAGUCAACACGACUGGUCGUCCUCCUACAUGGCGAGCACGACAAGCUGUGGGAUAUUGCAAUCGAGGCCUUCGGUGGACUAGUUGAGUCUGGCAAGGUGUCCAAGGAGAUGUGGGAGAAUCAGACAUUGCCUAAGUUGAAGGGGUUCCAGGCUGCUUAUGGAACGGUUCUCUUCUUCGAAGACCCAGCCCAUAUCAAACCCUUCCAGGAGAAAUUCCCUGCCUUCAAGGAUCAUUUCGCGCCCUGGGCUGAUCAUUCGAAUGCUAUGCAUCAGUAUUUCCUCUGGACCGGCCUCGAAGCUCUAGGCUUCGGCGCAAACCUGCAACACUAUAACCCCCUCAUUGAUGCGGGUGUUGCCAAGCAGUGGAAUCUGCCUACUGAGUGGCGGCUUGUUGCGCAGAUGGUCUUUGGUAGUCCUGAGGCUGGGCCUGGGGAGAAGGUACAGAAGCCUAUUGAGGAGAGGGUUAAGAUUUUUGGAAAGUUGUAG